CGCCGCGGUUGCGCCAACUGGAAGAGGAUGUUGCUAGCAGCCAGUGUAGAUGCACAGCCUUUCCACAACAAUAACAUUCACUAAAAUUUGCAUCUCCACAUCCCCGAACUGAGGAUUCGACUUGGAGAACCCUCCCGGGGCCGCGCAUUGGAGAACAAUCCGAGCCUUUAAAUGGAUUUCUAGUUCCGUAUUCUUCUGACAAUGGGAGUGGAUUGCUUUGCAGGUUUACUGGACUGUUUUUUGGCAGAAGCAGAAACAAGAAUCUUGGCUUGCCAGCUAGGCCGCGGAUGGGUUUUGUCGCCAUGAGCAAGAGUCGACUGGUGACAGAUUAUCGGAUGUGUUCUCUGUGCGUCGAUAGUGAUCCAGCUGCUACGGAGCCGAUUCGUUCAUAGCAAGAUAGUUUUUCAUUUUUGCUGUUUUUGUUUGAACCAACAACAGAAGCUAGCGAGUCCGCUAGCUUGUCAACCUUGACUGGCUGCCGCCGUCUAGUCUUAGCGGCUAGCUCGGUAGCUAACUAGCGAUCACUGGCCAGCAAAGCGGUUGGCUUUAACCGUUUGGUGGAGAAUCUACGGCCACUGCCUGGUACCCCAGGGUACCGGUACCACAGACUUGGUUUUACGAGGUCUGCUUCUGGAUGAAUGUGGGACAAAAUGGAGACCCCGACGAUCGUGUACGAUUUGGAUACCUCUGGGGGUUUGAUGGAGCAAAUCCAGACUCUGUUGGCACCCCCGAAGUCCGAGGACGUGGAGAAGAGGAGUCGGAAGCUGGUGAGAGACGUUCGGAGGAGCGGCAGGGCCACAAACCACGACACCUGCGACAGUUGCCGAGAGGGGGGAGAUCUGCUGUGUUGCGACCACUGCCCAGCUGCUUUCCAUUUACAGUGCUGCAACCCACCGCUUAGUGAAGAAAUGCUUCCUCCUGGAGAAUGGAUGUGUCAUCGCUGUAAUAUGAGAAAAAAGAAGCGAGAGCAGAAGUCUGAGCAGACUAAUGGCUUCCCAGAUCGGCCCACAACCAAGUGUUCCACUUCUCCCACGGGGGAGCUGGACGUCAACACCGGCCCACUGAGGCUAGAUGGCCUGCCGCCAGGGGCCGGGGCUGCGGGUCCUGGUCUACGUGUGGCUCAGGUUCGCCUCCUGGACCGCAGGACAGGCAGCAGGCCCAGCAGCCGUCCGGGGACACCGACAUCCAACACUUCAUCCACCCCGACCCCAUCAGAGGAGCAGAAUGAUGGAGAGGAGGAGGCAGCUGACCCUGAGGACGACGUUCAGGCGGUGGAACCUGAUGGGGCGACGCUGUCGUCGCCGGCACCGCGUCUUCUCAAGAGGCCCUUUCAGCUCCUAAUUGCUGCAGCUAUGGAGCGAAACCCCACCCAGUUCCAGCUGCCCAGUGAGCUCACCUGUACCACUGCACUGCCAGGCAGCAGUAAAAGAAGGAGAAAAGAGGAGCUGCUGGGCAAACCAUUCAGGAGGCCUCAGCAUGAACUGGAUCCCAACGGCCUGGUCCCUCUGCCUGUCAAAGUCUGCUUUUCCUGCAACAGGAGUUGCAGACUGGCUCCACUGAUCCAGUGUGAUUAUUGUCCACUUCUUUUCCACAUGGACUGUCUGGACCCCCCACUGACAGCUUUGCCUGCUGGCAAGUGGAUGUGUCCAAACCAUGUUGAGCAUUUAGUGCUGAACCAGAGAAGCCUCAGCUUGUCCAGCCGCUGUCAGCUCUUUGACCAGUUCCAGGACCGGAUCUCUCAACACGCUGUCAGGCUGAACUUUCUUCGUAGAGUGCAUCGGCAGAAUGUUCCCAAUAGGCGGACAUCUAAGCAACAGAACAAGAAAACCAUCAAGGUGCCAGAUGCAAUCAAGUCUCAGUACCAGAACCCUCCCCCCAUGCUGCAUCCUGCAGGGGUGCAUCACUUCGAGCUGGUUUGUAACGCGCUUCCUAACCAUCAUCCGUCUAAACGGUUGACAACGGAGGUUGAACAGGAGGAGUGGCUCCAGGACAUCAUUGCGCUCCAAUGCAGCAUCAUGAGACACCUGACCAUUAACCAGAAGGUCAGAUCUGCCAUGUCCACAGAGGGUCCAGCAGAGUUUGAGAGUAAAACGCCGUGUCUUUCAUCAGAGGAGAUGAAAACUCAGGGUGCUGAAGAAAGAACUUCUCCUGAUCCCUGCUCUAGGCCCAGCGUCAUACCCGAGCACCCCCAGGGAGCCCAGAAACCCAGGGACACCUCAGCAACGCUGGGGGUCUGUAAAUGCAGCCUGGCACCGUGUCUGAAAUGUAGGAAACCAAAUGGACCUCUAGCAGAGCUCCAGCCUCCCAAAGCCAACGGACCCCUAGACUGUAAGGGUGUCUUGGACCCCUGCAGGCAGCCGGAUCUCCAGCACAGAUUGAAUACUAAUACAACAUCAUCCUCAGACUCUGCUAUCCCUGCAGGGUUAAUGAAUCACAUAGAAACAGAAACCGUUAAAAAGGAUCCAGAGAGUACAACUGAAGCCUGUGCUCCGAAAAACUGCCCCUCAGGCCCAGCAACUUUGGGCCUCAACAACCAGCAGAAUCAUAGGAGCCAGAUGGAGCUUCAGGAGUUCUGUGUGAGCGGCGGUGAAACUCCCCAUCCCUCCAUCACCAGCAGCUCCUUGUCAGACACAGCGGCUAAAGGCAGCUAUAAGCAGGGCCCAUUAUCACCGCCUCCAGAUGUAAAGGCUAAUUCUGGGCUGGUGGACUCACUGGUGCCCAGUGGCCUCUCCAUCACAAACCUGUCCACCUGUGUAAACAGUGCGAGGGAACAUGGAGGGAUUGAGCUGGACAAGUUAGAUGCGGAAAUGAUCAAGCUCCUGGCCUACCAAAGGAUCCAACAGCUCUUCCCCCCCAAGGUUCUCAGCACUCCGCCUCUCCUAGUCACAGGCGCUUCCUCCAAAACCCCACCACCACCCCACAACGGUCAGAAGAAGGUCCAGGCACGAGCUGUCUUCUAUCCCCUGGCAGGAAGAGGAGAGACCGUCAACAUGUGCUAUAGGACGUUGUACAUAGGAUCUGGUGCUGACAUGGAUGUGUGCCUUACAAACUAUGGUCACUGCAACUUUAUAUCGGGGAAGCACGCCUGUAUUUUCUAUGAUGAGAAUACAAAACACUAUGAGCUUCUCAACUACAGCGAACACGGCACAACAGUGGACAACGUCCUUUACUCGUGUGACUUCUCUGAGAAGGCCUCACCGUCCCCACCCAGCAGCCUCGUGGCCAGGGUCCAAGGCAUAAUCCGUCGCAGUAAGAAGAGAGAGGAGGACAAGGGUAUGGGUUUUAUGCCAGCUGGAGGAGUGAUGAGCAGUCAGCCUCAGGGGGGGGUGGAGUCUUCGUGCAGCUGUAAGGUGAGCAGUUCGAGCCUUAUUGGUGGCAGUGGUGCUGGCUGGGAGGGCACAGCUCUCCUUCAUCAUGGCAGCUACAUCAAAAUGGGCUGCCUCCAGUUCGUCUUCAGCAUCACCGAGUUUGCUAAUGAGCUGCCAAAAGAGGAGCACACCAUUCUUCCCCCUGCCUGUUGCACAAGCACCAGCCAGACCAGUGGCAGUUUGUCCAGCUCGGCUCCUGCCUCCACCUCCACACCACCACCCAGCACUGCUAUGGCAAGCAGUCCCUCCAGCCAGGAUGAGGCUGACGCUGAGAUGGCCCCCGCCCACCAAGUGCCUGUGUUGCGCUACAACUCUGUUCCAUGACCUGUACAGGACACAUGCUCUGCCUCGUUUUAUUUUGCACCUUCCAUGUCCCAAUAAGGAGAAUGCUACCCAGCAGGAUGGCAACAGGGAAUAGUUCUUUUUUUCCAUUUCAAAUUGUUUAUAUUUGCAUGAACUUGAAGUAUUAUUGACAAUCUCUUCUGUUUGAGAAUGACUGACAGCAACUUUGUUUUCACUUCAGACCAUUAGGACUUUGAGCAAAGAUUAUUUACUUGAGCUCAUUUAUUUUUCACAUUAUAUAUAUUAGUUAUGUAUAAUGUUACCUUACUGUGUUGGUCAGCACCAUUUAGCAGUGACCUUUUUUUUUGUAGUAUUAAAUUCCAUGCAUUGUAAUUUCUUUUGCUGCUUUUGCACCACAGGUAGCUAUAAAUGUAUGUAAACAUACAUGCUUACACACUAUAUGUAAACAUACUGUAAAUGUAUAUAAUUCAGUGUUUCUCAGUUAGAGGAACUUUGGAUUUCAUGUAGAUUUACCAUUUUUUGGUUUUUAACUGUACAGACCAUGAGAUUUGUGAUACUGUGUAGAGUACCUGCAGUUUUGUGAUAAAACUUGUUCUUAUGUACUUUCUGCUGUAGUCCAUCUGUCGAUACCAUAUUGUUUUAGCACUCAUUUUAACAUCAUGUUGCUCUGUAUAUAGGCACUCUUUGUCUGUACCUGCUUGUCUGUUAAAACCUGUAAAUACAGAAAGAUUUUUAAUAACAA